AUGACAUCCGUUCUUACGGGCUAUAAUCUGCAUAUUGCCGAGAAGAAGCAGAUUCAGAAGAAACUCCAACGAGAAAUCGAUGACCACAAGGAUUAUCUAGACGACUAUAUCAAGCAUCUGGAUACUUUCAUGCACUGGUGUUGCUUUGAAUUAAUCUGGCUAGAGCCAAUUCCCGGUAAGCCUUCUCCUUCGCCCAUUCCUAACUACUAG